AUGACAUUCCAGCCAUUCACUUCAUCUCCCUGGACCCAGUUUACUCCUCAAAGCUCCUCCACCACUAUUGCUGGACCAUCUACACUUCAUCGUAGUCGCCAAACUACUCCUGGCAAUACACCUCCAUCGGGUGACGCAAGUCCAGUAGUGGCUACUCCAAAUGAGCAACCUUUAUGGUCUGAAAAAUACCGAAGUCUGUCUACUUCCAAUAUCGGCGCAAUAAGUCAAGGAUUGGCUCUCACAUCAAUCGGGUAUAACGAGCAUCGAAAAGUUCUCGGUGACCUCCCCUCUCAUGGGAACCAGAUAACUCCACAUGCUCUAGCAUCACCUUUUAUGCCCGGAGUUAACAGUGGCACUUGGGGUCCACCCAUCCCUGCGAAGCAUACUCAACACCAACAUCAACAUGAGAACAAGGUUUCUUUGGAACAGCGUCUCGCAAUUGCCGAAGACAAAAUAAGGGAGUUGACCUUUGAGAAUCAGAAAUUGAGGGAGAGAAAUUCUUAUCCGAACCAUAAUCCCAGAGCUUAUACAUCCCCGUCUAUCAGUUCUCGAUCCUCCAUGAUCUUUGAUAACAUCAACCCUUCAUUCAUCACCACCGGGUACGGCCAGGUGGCCGGUCUUGGGUUACAGAGAUUCGAAGAUCCAGAACUGUGUUUUGACCCCACGCGUUUCAGCAGUAGACCGGAUGAUCAUAUUGACAAAGCGUCGUACAUCGCUCCUGCACAUAUCAUCCAACCUAUACUUCAAGGUACCUUCAGCUUCACGAAUCUACCUGACAAUUUCAUCAGACCGAUCGUUUGGAUCAUUGCUCACAGGAUACCCAAAGGUAGUUCUGAAAGUACGGGAUUAAAAGCUGCUGUUAACGCUCUGUCCACUCGUCUUGGUAUCCCUCGGACAGUGGGCUCCGGCGCCAUCCUCGUCCAGUCGAUCCUGGACUGGGCUAAAGCACUUUGUUUCACAUCUUGCGGAAACUAUCUUUGCCAGCAAUUGCUUGAAAAAGGAGAUACGGAGGACAAGGUAGCAUUCAUCAAAGAAAUUCAGGAGGACGUGGUGAGUAUUGCGAGCGACAAAUUUGGUACCCAUGUCUUGUGCAAAGCCAUUGUGAUCAAAGAGCUUGAGGAACCUAUCUCGGAAGCCUUGAUCAAAUUCGGAGUCUUUGAUUCUAUGAGGAGCGGUGCCAGAAGGCUUUGGAGAGAAUACCUUGAAUUGUGCAGACAAGCAAAGCAAUUUGGCAUUUUUGAGAGAAUCAACGACGAGAUGUCUGGACGUUGGUGCGAAUUAGCCUGUGUCAACGAGCACGGCUCCAUUGCUGUCCAGCAGGUUUUUGAAGUAUUUGGAUCACAAGAACUAAUGGAACCGUGUUUCAAGGAAAUCUUGGAUGACAUUGCUCGUGUAGCCAAUAAUCAAUUCGGACAUUUUGCCAUAACAAAACUUAUUGGUUAUCCUCAGACCCACCGUCGUACAUGUGACGCAAUUCUGACAUCAUACCCGCCCGUUGCUGUCACCCAUCAUGGAGUCAAUUUUGCAAAAAUUGCUGUGACUGAAGAUCUUCGAAUAAACGUACCCAAAUAUGCGAAUGCAAUCUGCGCGCAUGAUGACGGCAGAACACCAGGUUUAGUCGCAAUCGCCACAUCAUCCAUUGGCAAAGCGCAUCUUGCUUUCAUUUCAUCCUACUUCUCUGCCGCGGAACACGCUCGGGUUCGACAGACCUGUCGAGCCUUUAGCACCACUUUACGAAACUCCCAGAGCGGAAACGAUCUUCUUCGAUCUUUGGGUCUUAUGCACGCUACGGGAGCACGAAAUCGGGCGGGAAGCAAUUAG